CCGAAAGGACAGUACCACCAACAACGAAAUUACACCGACUCCAACGACGAAGGCUCACUACACACUUAGAAGAAAAGAAAGUGGUAGUCGGUGAAACUCAAGCAACGAAUUUAUAUCAAAUCCAAACCGAAAAACCAACUACAUACCGCAAACCGAAAAAACGAAGGCAUAAUUCAACGAACUACAUACCUAGAAGAAGAAAGGGCGGUAGUCAAGUGAAACCAAAAGAAAUCAAAGGACAAAAACCACAACGAAAUUUAUACCGAUUCCAGGGCGAAAACUUAACUCAUACCUGGAAGAAAAAAAAAAGUGUUAAGUGA